AUGACGGAAGAAGAAUUUGUACAGCUUCUGCGUUCUGGUCUAGACCCCAAUUUUGAAGGGGGUUGGCCAAUAAGACUAGCAGCUCGUUAUGGUUGUCCAGCAAUUGUGGAAACAUUAAUUCAAUUCGGAGCUAAUCCUCAUCUACUUAGUGAAUCUGGUGCAUCGACAUUACAGUUAGCAGUAUUUUCUGGCGAGCAGUGGGAUACUGAUAAAUGGAAAUUUUUAUUGUCAUGUUGUGAUUCUUCACAACUAGCCGAUGGGGCAGCCGUAGCAGUCAUUUUUAAUAACGUUUUGGCUCUGAAGAAGAUUUUAGAUACUGGACGAUGUAACACUAAUAUUCCGACAACCCUGACAGGUAAAACAUUAGAGCUUUUAGCAAAGGGGUACAAAGUGACUCAUAUGUUGACCUCAUCGACGAUCGAAAGUUAUCCCGAUUCUUUUUCAGCCGCACCCAGAAUGUCACGACGUAGCGUUCAUGGCAAUACAUCUGCUACGUUGUCUCCACGCCAUGUUGAACGGAACUUGUCACCUUCUGUGGCUAGGUUCUUUCAUCAAACGGCUGGGCAAACCUCUUUGUCCCCAACAAGAAGGACAUUUGAGUCCACACACUCACAGUGA